UGCAAGAAGAAGGCCAACAUACUUCCCAAGGUACUUAUGUCAAGAUGGAAGACAUGCAAUAACCCAUCAAGAAGAUGAUCUCAAAACACUGCAUAAAAUGUAACAGGGAUCUAACACUGCGCUGAAGAGGAAGCCCCGCCGGCUUCCACCUGACUGUGGAACUGAGCGCGUCACGCUGAUAGAGGUGAGUCUACUGUGAGGCACACUGCACGGGACAAACGACCGGGACAGAGACCCUUCUCAUUCAUCUCCCGUACGGAAGUUAAACCUCACUUGGAGUUAUGAGUAUCAAUAUGUAUAGUUUUAUUUAAGUUAAUCUUUAUUGUGCACAUUUCUGUGGAUAAAUACUGGACCGCUUUUCUGGGCAUUGUUUUCAUCUCAGCUGUGCGGAGUAAGGAUUUCUUAUUGAAAAGACGCGUGCAAAGAAAUAUCAAACAGGAUUUUUGAUAAGGACAGUCACCUUUGUUCGAGUUUAUUUAUUUUCUUCAUGAGAGAUCAGGGGAUGGUUUGUGAGUCAGCAGUCGGUUUUACGCGCGGUUUCUAAUUCUCUUUUGUCACUUUUAACCAUUCUUUCUGCGGGCACAAUGGAAAACUAUACUACGUGGAAUAAUUUUACUCAAGUUUUGUCAGAGCUGGACGGGACGGGCAGCGAGGCUGAGGAGGACGACGACGAGGACGGCGGCGGGAGCGGUGGAGGGAGCGGAGGUCUGCGUGUCCUCGUCGGCUGCGUCCUCUUCCUGCUCAUCGUGUCCACGCUGCUGGGGAACACGCUGGUGUGUGCCGCCGUGGUCCGUUUCAGGCACCUGCGAUCCAAAGUGACUAACUUCUUUGUCAUCUCCCUGGCCGUGUCCGACCUGUUUGUAGCAGUGCUGGUGAUGCCAUGGGAGGCUAUCACAGAGGUGACUGGUACGUGGCUAUUUGGACGGUUCUGUGGGGUCUGGAUUGCCUUUGACAUCAUGUGCUCCACAGCCUCCAUCUUGAACCUGUGCAUCAUCAGUGUGGAUCGCUACUGGGCUAUCGCCAGCCCGUUUAAGUAUGAACGCAAGAUGACUCACCGGGUGGCGUUUGUCAUGAUUGGGGUGGCAUGGACUCUGUCCAUCCUGAUUUCCUUCAUCCCUGUGCAGCUCAACUGGCACCAAGCUGGGGAGGAGGAGGAGGGGGUCAUGGAGAUGAUGGAACUACUGGUUUCCAAUGGCAGGAACUUAACCAACGGCACCAUCAACCUCAACACCAGCUCCAUUGCCAAGAGCUGUGUGGCCAAUCUUAACAAAACCUAUGCCAUCUCUUCUUCUCUGAUCAGCUUCUACAUCCCUGUGGUGAUCAUGAUCGCCACCUACACCCGGAUCUACAGGAUCGCUCAGACCCAAAUCCGUCGGAUCACAUCAUUGGAGAGGGCAGCAGAGCAGGCGCAGAACCAGGGCCAUGGUGUUAACCGGAACCAGCAGCAGCAGCACCAUAGGCCAAAUGAUGAAGCCUCGUUGAAGUCAUCAUUCAAGAAGGAAACUAAAGUCCUGAAGACUCUCUCCAUCAUCAUGGGGGUGUUCGUCUUCUGCUGGCUGCCAUUCUUUGUCCUGAACUGCACAGUCCCGUUCUGUGAUCCACCCUGCGUCAGUGACACCACCUUCACUGUCUUUGUCUGGUUCGGCUGGGCCAACUCCUCCCUCAACCCGGUCAUCUAUGCGUUUAACGCAGACUUUCGCCGUGCUUUCUCCACCAUUUUGGGUUGCAACCAGAUCUGCACGAACAACACAGUGGAGGCAGUGAACUUCAGCGACGAGCUCGUGUCUUACCACCACGAUACGACACUCCACAAGGAGCAGCUGGUCCCUGCACAGCCGCAGCAACUCCCUCGCACCAUUGACGUUGGGUCUGACCACCUUGAGGAAAUGAGCGCUCGCUUUGACGAGGAGUCUAUCAUCUCCAAUGGCUCGAGGAGCCCCAACAGACAGCUGCUGCUUCCUGCUACAGUCCAGCUGGAAGACGACCCAGAACUGUCCUUGGAAACGAUCACUCCGUUCACUUCAGCUGCAGGGAUGGAGAGUGAGGCUCUGAUACCAGGACAAGUCCACCAGGAGGAAUAGAUUAAGAACUACACUCACUGAGAGGCAUGACUCAACAGAAGUCAUAUUGUGAUACAUGCAAAUAAAAAGCAUAGACUUGUGAGAAACUUGUUCUUCAAAUGUGUGCUGUUUUUAAAUUUGAUGUGAUGGAGGCCUCAUGACCCUGCUGCUUUUAAACACACAGAGCAACAAGAGGAAUGGGACCUUGUAGCCUAGCUUUAGAUAAUGGAUUGAUGGAUUGUUAUGUUUUCCCUUUUGUGUAAGAGCUUAUUUAAACUGAAGAAGAUUAAUAGCAGUUGAUAGAGGUAAUUGAUGUGGAAACGUUGGGCAUUAAAGAUGUGUUGGUUUUUUUCAACUGAAAUGCUUUGUCAGAAAUUAAAUGCUGAACCACU